AUGGUCCGGCCUCCCAAAUACGAUCAUACCUUUCGUGCUUCGUACUACUACUCGCCUUUUCUCCAAGUUGAGUCAUCACUGACAAUCUGGCUGGAACCCUCUCGUCUUUCACCAAAACGUACGCAACGAUUGACACCGUCAAUGCGAAACAGAUGUUACCACUUCCAAUGCACUCUCAGAACCGUCCGAAAGGCGUUGACACGCUUAUAUAAUACAUUAGAACUCGGCAUGUUCACGGUGCUUUGUCAAAUGGAAAAAGAACGUCUGAUAAAAAGUAUGUAUUGGCUUCUCGGAGUAUUGACACGGAUAAAAGGUGUGAGGGAGCUUCUGGAACACCGAUAUUGA